AAACGUCGAGAAUGCUUUGUUUUCACGUGUUUUCAAGUUGACGAAUGUGCUCAAACUUUAUUUUGAUUUUUCAGCACGUUGUUAUUACACAAACAUUGUGUGUUCAUUUUAUUGGCAGAAAAAAAAAACCAGUGAAUAAAUUGCCCAUAUUUUUCUUAUUCAAUUCGAUUUGUAACGAAGCAAAAAUGUCACCAAAAAACAAGCAACGAAAAAUGAACGAAGAAGAAUCAGAAGAUUCAUACAGUUCUGAUACAAGUGAUGACAAUGAAGCAUACACUGGAAACGAGGUGAUUCAAGUUGAAUUCGAAGGACGUGCACCGAUGUCAUCGGAUUUUCAUGGUAUUCGACAGUUAUUACACCAACUGUUCCUAAAAUCCGAUAUCAAUUUAUCGGAAUUGGCCGAUUUAGUCACAGAUCAAAACUUUAUCGGAAGUGUGGUGAUUCAGAGUUUUGGGGAAGAUGACGAGGACAGUGACGACGAUGAAAAUACCGACACGAAUUUCGAGUCGUCGGGCACGAUUUUUGGUAUCACAACAGCUGUAAAUAUAUCCAAAUCACAAAGUCAUGGUUGCAUUGAGGAUAUACGUAAGCAUCUUCAAUCGAAAUGUGAUCAAUUCGCGAAGCCAGAACACAAACAAGCAUUCACCGAUGCAUUAAACGAUGACACAAAACAAACGGCACUCUUAAUAAAUGAACGAUUCAUCAAUAUACCACCACAAAUUGCCGUUCCAUUGUUGGAGAAUUUACAGAAUGAGAUCGGCCAAGCCGCUGUGAAAAAGGAGAAAUUCCGUUUCGACAACUACAUCAUGAUUGUUAAAUUCAAUCGAAAGAAGAGCAAGGGAAAGCAAAAGGAUCAAACCGAAGAUAUAUUUUCAAAUGGUGAAGAGGAAAUUCUUGACGAAUACGCCGAUGCAAGUUAUGAAUAUAGUGCCGAACGUGAGACCGACUCAACAAUGGCCGGCAACUGGACAGAAAGUGAUAGUACGCUUGUGCCACAUCGCAAAGUUGUUAUUUUCGAUACAACCAAAUUACCUCGUAUAAUUGAUUGCAUCAAAGAUUUAAUAAGUGAAUAAAUGGAAAAUAAUUUUUUAACGAAAA